AUGGUUAUACAAUCAGUAAAUUAUUGUGUUAAACCUUAUCUAAAUACUUAUAAAGAAUGGGUGACAUCAAAACCCCAGGUCAUUGCUGAUAUCGAGGGUGCUGUCAGGUGUCUAUCAUAUUUUACUGCUAGAAAAUUUACAAAUUCAUCAUUAGCAUCUGAGUUGAUUUAUUCAAUGCCAAAUUUACUCAUUUUGAUGAAUGAUCGUCUUAUUUACAGUACAAAAUAUUCACAUCUUAAAUUACCACAAUUUCAAUCACAAAUAAAAAUUUGGCUAACUGUUAUUGAAUAUACUGAAGCACUUAUUGAAGUUUCAGCACAAAAAUUAUGGGGAGAUGUUGGAAAAUGGAUUGUUAUAUUUUUUGUACAAUCAUUAAAAGCAUUAUUGAGAUUAAUUCUUGUUCAUCGUAAUAAAGAAAGAUUAAUUAAAAAUCCUCCAAUUGCACCAUUGAAUCGUGGAAAAUUACGACAAGAAUCAAAAAGCCAAGAUUUACCAAAAGAAGGUUUUAGUCUAAAACGUACUGGAACUGUUGUUAGAAGUGUCAAUUAUUCUGGACCAAGUAAUUCAUGUUUUUGGACACCACUUGGUAAAACUGAAGAUGAUGAAUCUCAAUCAGAUACAACUGAAGUUAGACAAAGUUUAAUAAUUGCAGAGACUUUGUAUAUCAUGAAGCCAUUGAUUCAUUUAACAGCAUUUAUUGUAAAAGGUAAAAAUAAUUGGAUACCAUGGACAACAGCAUUAGCUAUUGAUUUAGCAAGUAUUCAUAUUUUAACUAAAGAAAAAAAUUAUACUAAAUUAACUAAAGAAGAAAAUGCUGAGUUAAUCAAAUGAAGAAUUAAUUUACUUUUGUAUUUAGUACGAUCACCAUUUUAUGAUCGUUGUAGCAAAAAUAGAAUUAACUAUCUUCUUGAUGGUAUUUCAAAUAGAAUACCAUUAGCAAAAUAUAUUGCUCAGCCAAUUGCUAAAUAUUUACCACACUGGCAAGAAACAUAUUUCUACAUGUGGUCGUCUUAA